CAGUUUGAAUUCGUUAACAGGCGCUAACGGUUUAAGUUCCCAAAGUUCGCUGACACAAGCUGCCAGAAGAUUAAGGCAAAACCUAGGGCACUAACAGAUCCUUGGAAUAAAUAUGUCAAGAACAACCGUAAGCAACAACAGUCGCGAUGGCUCAGCCGGAAGCGGUGGCCAGAACAAUGAUAUCUACAACUAUGUGGUGCUCAUCGUUGAUAUUGUGGUGCUGGUGAUCAAGUUCUGGGUGUCAAUUGUCGAGGAGUUUGUCAAGCUGUUCGUUGCACGGGCGGAGGCAAAUGUAAGUGGUCAGUUUGUGCUGAUCACUGGUGCCGGACAUGGCAUGGGCAAGGAGAUGGCCCUCCAAUAUGCAUCACUUGGCGCCAAGGUCAUCUGUUGGGAUGUCAACGAGCAGACAAACACACAGACCGUCAAGGAGAUCAAACAGGCUGGCGGCACUGCCUUUGGCUAUGUUUGCAACGUUGUCAAGCGUGAAGAUGUUAUGGAACUGGCAGCCAAAGUGCGCAAAGAUCAUGGCUUCAUCAACAUUCUGGUUAACAAUGCCGGUAUUAUGCCGUGCCACACGCUACUCGAGCACACUGAACAGGAGACGCGUCUCAUGUACGACAUCAAUGUGCUUGGUAAUUUGUGGAUGCUCCAGGCCUUCCUGCCCGAGAUGAUUGAGCGCAACGAGGGCAGCAUUGUUGCUCUCUCCUCCUGCGCAGGACUCUUUGGCCUGCCCAAUCUCGUCCCGUACUGCGGCACCAAGUUCGCCGUUCGCGGCUACAUGUCUUCCCUGGCCGAGGAGCUCCGCCUGAAGAAUCCUCAGACCAAUAUCAAGCUGACCACUAUUUAUCCAUAUAUGAUCGAUACGGGUCUGUGCAAGAAUCCACGUUUCCGUUUCCCAAGUCUGCUUAAGCUGGUGGCAUCAAAAGAUGCGGCUGCCUCCAUUAUAUUGGCACAGCGUCAGGGUCUGGAGGAGGCGUCCGUACCACGUCACUUUCUGUACGUGGAAAAAGCUGGUCGCAUUAUACCCAAGAAGGCGAUGCGAUUGGUUAAUGAUUUUCUCGACACUUACGUCGAUACCGACAAGAAGUAAAGUUAUCACAAAUUCAAACACAACUGGAACAUCCAAUGACUAAUUUUAAGUCUCAACAGCUUUAUCAGUUCAUAUUUUCCUUAUUUUUCUUUUUAAUUUUUAAUUUUUUUUUCUACUGUCUGGAUUCUUAGAAUAUAUAUUUUUUUAUAUUAAUGUAAUUAUUUGUACAUGAAGUGAAUUUAUCAAGCUUAAAGAUUGUUACUUAAUAAACAGAUAAUUAUGCGAUAGUGUAACCAAAUAAA